GAGUAAGCCUAACUUAACCUUCAUUUUGCCCUCUGAGGCUUGCUGUCGUCGAUAUGCCCCAGACCGUCUCCUUCCCGGGGACGUGGAUUGUACAUGCCCACACCCUGUGCGCGGCAUCGGCCUUUCUGGGUGCGCUAGCAAUCGGGAUCUGGCUGCAUUACCAUAAGAUCGUCAAGAAUGGCGUGGCUGGAUGGCCGGACGAGUGGUGGCCCUCUGUUAGUGCGACUAUUGGAGACUGGUAUCCAGAGCGGAGCAUCUUCCAAAUACUCAUUGCCUUGACUGCUGCACCGCGCUUUGGCUUGCUUUUCUGUUGCUGGUUAGUAUCUAGAGCUCAGAGCCCAGGAUGGGCGAAUGCUAUUGUCAUUGUUGGGUUGAUUCGGACGGUCUCUUGCGGCGGCUGGGUCUACAUCUCGUCCACAGACGAUCAUGAUGCUCAUGAUGUUCUCAUGAUUACCUACGUUGUGUUGACAUUACCCUGGAUGUUAGGCUGUAUUGCCUGCUCCCCUCCAGGGAAGUCCGCGUCCGGGAGACAAAGAAAACUCAUUGCGUCUUCCUUCUUCGGAAUGCUUGUCCCAAUGAUUUACUUCUUUAUCCGGCAUAAGGUGCAUCAUGUUCCUGGGGCCUACACCAUCUACAGCUUUUUCGAGUGGUACCUCAUCAUUGCGGAUGUCGCAUUCGAUUCAAGAAACGUCUUAGAUUUUCGAGAUAUUGAGAUAACUAUCACUCAAGGCGGACCUGCUAAAACCUUAAAGGGAGGUGAUGUUGUGCUGCAGGAAACUCUCCAAACGGAGAUACUCACAACAGAGACGAAAGUGAUCUCUGCCAUGUCAACCGAUGAGAUCAGCAAGUUGCUUGAGCCAGAGCCUGCUUUGUUCCGUGCAACUCUGAGCUUCAUGAGCGACGUGUACUUGGGAUACGUCUUCUGGUCCAUUCUCACAUCUCUCAGCGUGCAGCUAUUCUACUGGUCUGUAUGGGCGUUGGAAAUUUCUGGGUCCGAAGUCGCACUUCUGUCAACAUGGUCACCAAUCUUGUUGGUCAUCCCUCCCAUCCGGCGGUUUGCUUCCACGCAGCCUGGUCAAGGGUUACUGUUGGCCCUAGGAUGCAUGGCUGGCCUCGGCGCCUGGCAGUUCGAGAAGGUGUUGAAUCGCUUGUUUGCUGUUGCAGCAGCGAAUAUAAUCCAAACUGCCGCCGCCGCUGCAUAUUGGUCAACAUCGGUUCGCGACGGAACCAAUGGGCUUCAACUUGGGCUCGGCAUCAUCUUCUCUGUGGUCAUCAAAAUGGCAAACCAUGCCAAUCUACCAACUUGGCCUAUCAUCGACAAGGACCAAGGUGGUAUACAUGAGCUGGCCACUGCGUUGGCAGCGCUCGCUGUGGUGGAACGUGUUCUCCGACCUGUGAAAAAUCCUGUAGCCCAAGUCGCAUCCCGAACCCAGCGAUCGUAUUUGAGAUAUAUGGGAGCCGUUGGCGGUAUGGGCGCGCUAUUCUUUGCUUUACACACCCUGGUCUCCGAUGCUGGCACGCUCAUUUCUUGGACCUGGACCGGAUACCCCAUACGCGGACCCACUUUGCUACCAUAUGGUGCCUUCGUCGUUGUGGCCAUGUGUGCCGGCCUGGCACUGAGCGCUUCCCGGGUCGGUGCCCUGUUGCCUCGCAACCCGCUUUGGUUGUUUUUUGGCGCUGGUGCAAGCUAUGCAAUGUAUCGCUAUCGUGAUUGGGUAGGAUUUGCUGGCGGUUUGGGACUGGCCACUUUCCUCAUGUCUCUCUUACCGUCAUUCUUGGAUAUGACUUCAGUUUACGCGCCCGGAAUCGCCUGGUUCUUGGUGUGGACUAUUAAUAACCUCUUUGUACUUGCCCAUGUUUGGACGGUCGCUUAUGCCUUUGUUCCUGGUGGAAUAUAUCUCCGAGAACGAACAGAUCUUGUUUUGAUGUGGAUGACGAUUCUACUGAUCUGUGGUGGACUUACAUUGAGCUUCGGUCGGGUACAAUCGUUCGACUUGAAAUCGCUGCCCUUCCGUGCUGUGCCAUACGUGCUGGUUACCCUCAUACUCCUUUCGUUUGGCAUCACGGCCUCUCGCAUGCCCACGCAGCCACCGAUACCCUACAGAGCCGGCGAACGAAUCAUCACUGCCGGAAUUUGGACAGUCCACUUCGGGAUCGACUUGGAAGGAAGGGAUAGUCAGCGCCGUUUAAAAGAUCUGAUAGGUGGCAUGGAGCUCGACAUAGUUGGACUGCUGGAGACAGAUCUCAAUAGAAUCGUAUAUGGAAACCGGGACCUAACACAGGUCCUGACUGAGGAUCUUGGCUAUUACAUCGACCCGGGCCCUGGACCGCAGAAACAUACCUGGGGUGCAGUGCUUCUAUCGAAGUAUCCUAUCUUGAACUCCAGCCAUCAUUUGUUGCCGUCCCCUCAUGGAGAGCUUGCCCCUGCGAUUACAGCCACCUUGGAUGUAUAUGGAACAAAUGUGCACGUCGUGGUUUCCCACGACGGCCAAGAGGAAGAUGUUCUAGACCGACAGCUCCAGUCAACUGAGCUGGGUAGGCUUAUGGCGGAAUGGUACCCAGAACCGACCAUCUUCCUUGGAUACGUAGUGUCCAAGCCGAAGGCGGAUCGACCGGCCCCAUAUAAGUAUCUUGUCGAAGAUGGUCGAAUGAACGACAUAGACGAAGAUGACUGGGAUAGGUGGUGCCAGUAUGUGCUUUACCGCGGUCUCUACCGCAUAGGUUACGCUCGAGUCUCUCGGUCAACCAUUACCGACACUGAGCUGCAAGUGGGUCGAUUCCUUCUGCCUCGACAUGGAUCACGCAUAAUAGACGCGCCCCAUGAUGAUCGUUACCUCCGCAUCAACAAAGAUGUUGUCCCAGAUUCUUGGAAAUUCCCUGCUAAGUAUGGUAGCACGGGGACCAAAGGGCACUUCUAUCAUGUCUUCCCAGAGGGAGCAAGGUACUACGCCCUCCCAGAAGGAGCGCUCGUGUAAAAAGGGGUGAAACGCUGUACACUAGUGUUACACGACCAUCCAUGUUGUUGUAAAACAGCACUGCUCAAAUAAAUAUCAACUGCUU